AUGUCAGAAGCCAAGGGUCAGAGAAAAGAAGCAAGAUCAGGGUCAAGCCAUAGGUCAGAAGCCAAGCAGUUUUACCGGGAAUUCAGCAACAUGGGCCAAGAUCAAGAACACAGACCAAGAUCAUUAACACGGACCAGUAUCAAGAAAUUCAGACCAGUAUCAAGGAACAUGGACAAGGACCAGGAUUAG